AUGCCUUCAUGCAAAUCAAAGCAAGGUUUUCGAUUCCACCCCAUCGAUGAAGAGUUGAUGAAGUAUCUCAACAAUUUUGUGCUCCACGGAAUUUUUCCACCUAGAGAUUUUAUUAAUGUAGCAGAUCUAUUUGAAGACUCGGAGCCAUGGGAGAUUAUGGUGGGUUCGGCGGAGAAAACACGCUACUUUCUUUCGCGCUUGAAGAGAUUGAAGAAUUCAACCAAAAAGCAAAGCCAAAGAAGUGAUCCAAUUAGAGAUGGAUCAAAAAAGAAUAUCACAAUUGGAUAUAAGAGUAGUUUAAAGUAUGUAAAUGAUAUAGAAAAAGAUGCUAAGUUGCUCAUGAAAGAAUAUUUAUUGCCGGAUCAUGAGUACAAGAAAAGUAGCAAAGACAAGGAUAUAUACGUCAUCUGCAAAAUCAAAGAGGUGAAAAAAAGAAUAAAGGGGUUAGAUGGAGGAAGAAGUUGA